GGCCUCCACCUCCGUCUAAAAACUGCUCUCGGAAAUGGACGACGGUGCCGAGCUCGGGCAGCGCCAGGAGGAGACACAGCGGGGGGAGUAGCAACAGCAGCGGCAUCUCGCCCCCGCCCCCGCCGCCGCCCAACGGCCACCACUGGUCAACCGACCCCGCUCCCUCGCGCUCCCUUUUGGGGGCCGCUUUUACUGCCGUCUAGUCCCGCCCUGCAUCAGAGCGGGCGCUGAUAGGCCCACCGUCCCGCCCGUCACCCACCCUGCUCCCAGCUUUUUCCGUCACGCGCCCCGAGAAAUUCUUGUCUCUGAUUGGCUGUCUCCUCGACCAAGAGUAGCGCGGGGAAAGCGAGUCAGUUGCUAGGCGACGCGGCGGCGGCGGCGGCAUGGAGGGAAGAGCGCAGCUGCAGGUUCGCAGGGCCGGCGGGCGACGGGGCCGCAGAGUUCCGGGAGGGCCGUGCAGGUGACGUAGAGGAUUUCCAAAAAGCGACGACGUGACGUCACGCCAUCCCGAGUCGUGAGGUCUUGGCACGAGGUUGGGCGCGCCACCUAGACAGGGAUCACAAGCAGCCUCCAUGGCGCCUGGCAAGAGAUCUGGCGAGGCACCAUGGAGCAGCAGCAGCCGCUUCCUCUCCCCUUUCCAGGUGGACACGGCACCUCUACAGCCUCAUGGGCAGUCCCCGAAGCAAAAGUCCCGAAUCAUCAACCAUGCUGGCCUGGUGGCUGGACAAGCUGAGCUCCCUCCCGCUGCAAGGCCAAGCCCAGGCACUGCCUCUCAGGGGAGAGCAAACACCAUUCUCAGGAAACUGGCACAGAUAGAGAACAAGAUCCAGAGGCGCAAGACUGCGUUGGGCACGGGCAGCCCUGCUGCCCCUCAGAGGCUGUCGGAUGAAGAACUCUCCUGGAGCAAGCCUAGCCAAGACCGUGAGCAGGCAGCCAGAGGGCUCAGGUUCAGGCAGACAGGUGCCAAGUUCAAGGGAGCCCCAGUGCCUGAUCCAGCCCAAAACAGAAACGUGACCCUGGGCGACGGAGUCGACCUUGACAGGGAGAAGGAAGAUGCAGGAAGCCUACAUGAUGCUUCCAGUACAUAUAAGAGGCAGAAGAGCAUCUCCCAGUCCAGACCUGGGGGGAAGCCUUCCCUGAAUAGUCAGGUCAGUGUGCCUGCAAAAACUCCUCCUUCUCCUGGCAGAAGAUCGCCUUCACCUGGCAGAAGUUAUCUGGAAAAGCUCCUACACAGGACUCUUUCCCCACCAAGCGGGAGUGCACCAGUCCACAGCAGAGGGACUUCCCACUCCUUGACUUCAUCCAUCAACGACAGCUUUGCAGGAAGAGCUUCCCCUGAUGUUUACGGGAGUUCUCUGGCUGAAAGGUCUCUGGAUGAGCUGUUCUCGGGUCCAGGUGACCUUCAAGGCUCCUCCAGCAGCGAUUUCCAAGUGAAUGUCUUGAGCCUUGCUGACUUGGCAUACAGUAUGACUGGCCAGAAGGAAGAGUUAAAAGAAGAGGCACUAGUGAUGGAGACAUCUGGAAGUUUAAGCAUGGAACUGGAACCAGAGUUGUUUUUGGCUGACAUCCAGAGUGCCUUUAAGCUCCCAAGUACCGUAGCCAGAAGAGCCGUCGCUCUUGAGGAGUAUCCAGAAGAGACAGAAAUCUCUGAGCAAUUAAGUGGGAGUUCUGUUGAAUGUCCCAGUUGUGGGCGAGAGAAUCCCACUAGUACAGAGUACUCGGAAGACUUUGACUCGCUGUCUGAGGACUUUGGGAGGCAAUCAUGCAGAGGACACACAGGGGUUGGUGGGGAGUGCCUCAAGUCUGGACUCUCGGAGUCCAUCCUCUCACCGCACCAAGUCUCAAAGGCAGAGGUGGCAAAAGCGUUCCCGAAGUCAUCAAAGAGUAUUUUGAACUUCUCCGCAGCUGCUGCUACUGUUGACUGGAUUGUUGAAGGCCCCUCCACCGUCAGCCAUGUUGUGAGCACAGAUGCCCUGGAAGGUGCCAUCCAGCAGGGGCACACCUCCCACAUUGCCUGGCUGGGCCCCAGCCACGAGCACCAUACCAAACUGACAACAUACAGUCCUGCCGUGUCAGCCUUAAACGACAUGUUAAAGCAGAAUUUGCUACUUAUCCAGCAGUUUGUGGAGACCAGCCGCCACCUUCACUUACAUUUCGUGGCACUGCUAGAGGAGGAAGAGUUCCACUACCACACACUGGAGGAAGCCAAGAUGAUCCAGGGCUUGACAUUAAGCUGGUGUCUGGGACAAGGCAAGGUGUUCACCAAGUUGGACUUGAAAGAGGCAUACUAUCGAGUACGCAUAGCCGAAGGUCAGGAGGGCCUCACAGCUUUCGAUACUCAGUUUGGUCACUUUGAGUACCUGGUCAUGCCUUUCGGCCUCAGUGGUGCCCCAGGGUUUGUGGGUUCUGAGUUGAAUUGGACAGUCGGUGACAAGGAAAUGGGGGCCAUCAAACUGACAGCAGCUGAGUUUGAGGCAGAGGAAGGAGAAGUUGAGGUCUCUCUCUGCUCAGGGAGCCUUGUUAGCACCCCUCCUGAUAAUGACUGGGGUGACCUUGAUCCUGCUUCAUCUAGCGAGGACUUGAGACUCUACAGUGAGCAGAUGCUCAGGAUGGCCAGAGCACUGGACACUGCUGUUGCCACGUCUGAUACCAGACCGAAGGACAGGGAAACCCCCUCUGACUGGCGGAUAAGGCAGCCACCUGCUCUGAUAGUUGCUGUCCCUAGUUUUAUCCAAGUUAAUGGGUGCUCCACUUGA